AACGUCCCAGAAAAAGACGAAGAGAGUACCGCAUACACACAUUCUGUGUACCAUCUAUGUGCCGAGUAUUUUCAUUUUCGAGUUUUCGUUUCAAAUAAUGCGACUAUUUUUUUCAAAUUUAAAUCGAUAUAAUUGCAAAAAAUAGACAUUACUUAUAUUUUUAUAAACCGAGCGAUAAUUUUGAUUUUCUUGCUCGAGAAAUUUUCAUCAACUUUUCACGUUUCGCGAUAAUUGUAUGGCGAUUGAUGUGAGAAAAGGGUUCCUUUAUUUCGUCUUGGUUUAGUUUCUUGUAUUUUUAUAUAUUUUUCUCAAUAAUAUUGAUUUUUUGAUAAAUUUUUCCGUAUGUGCCAAAGUUAUUCGACUCAAAGCACGUGAAUAUCUUGCGAAACGGAUUUAUUCGAGCUGUGAUUUAUUUUAAAUGCUCGCUGCGUUAAUGAAUUUCGCAUCGCGCACGCUUCAUGGAAUGCGACAAUGCGUAUAACAGCAAUGACGAUUUUGAUGAUCGAGAAGAUACCUCGGCUUCGAAAGAUGAAGAAAAUGUACGAUCUUCAUCCAGUGCUAUCGGUUCGCCGCAUUCUGUUUUCACAUCCCCAGAUUUCCAAGAGUUGACCACUUCUGCUUCUUCGUCGAACAAAGUACUGGGACACAACUACAAUGGCACAGUGGUAUUUACGAACGGACCAAAAAACGAAGCAGAACUUCAAUUAUACAGAGUUAUGCAAAGAGCUAGUUUACUGUCGUAUUAUGACACGCUUUUAGAAAUGGGCGGAGAUGACGUUCAACAAUUAUGUGAUGCAGGCGAAGAAGAAUUUUUGGAAAUUAUGGCAUUGGUUGGCAUGGCUUCGAAACCCUUACACGUUCGAAGAUUUCAAAAGGCUUUGCAAGAAUGGCUGACCAAUCCAUUGAUGUUUCAAAUACCUUUAUCCAAUGCAUCAACUUCGCCUCGUAUAUUACCAAGACCACUUUCAGUUCAUAACGUCAGUUCUAGUCCUUUGAGUUGCUCAACCUCGUUAACAAAUUUAACACCAGUUUCAUCGCCGAAUAAUAAUGCUCAAUCACAACAAUUAGGCGAGAUAAGUUCUUGUACGUCAGCUGUCGCAUCGAGUCCUGUACAUGGUUCAAUUUCUAGUUUAAGUUCAAGCCCUUGUCCUAGUUCACCAGUCCACGCUCAGAAUUCUCAACCGAUUUUAGAUGAACAACAAAUUAAAAAGUUAGAAAAAGCUGCUACUAGACUGGUGGAAAGUUUACCCGAAUUAGAGCCGAAGUAUCCCAAUACGAAGAAAAAAAUUGGAAAAGAGCUUCAGGCUGUGUUGAAUAUGUCCGACGAUGAUCCACUCAGAAUUCAACAUAUCAGAAAAUUUUCAGCAAUAUACGGUCGUUUCGACUGUAAAAGAAAACCAGAGAAACCUCUCACAUUACAUGAGGUUUCUGUUAACGAGGCUGCAGCUCAAAUUUGCAAACACAUUCCUGCCUUAUUAACAAGACGAGACGAAUUAUUUCCACUGGCCCGUCGAGUUGUUCGAGAUUCAGGCUAUCAAUACUCAAAGGGCCAUUCAAAAUCUUUUGCGGCCAAUAAUUUUACCAAAAGUGCACCUUUAAUGAAUACUUUUAGAUUUCAUGAUAAUUUUAAUAAAAGGAAAAAUAGCAUGGAAAAUAUUACUUCCGGUGAAGGAUUAAUAGCAAACGAGGAAAAAUUGAAUUUAUUACGAACAGAAAUACAGAAAGUUACUGACCGUAUAGAGCAAUUGACCAAUGAAACACAAAACAUUUCUGAAGAAGCGUGCGAAUUCUCUGCUUCGAAAUACCAAUUGGAAGCAUUCAAUAGACAAAAAUUACAAUUAUUAGAAGAGUACAGAAUGUUGCUGAACACCAAUAUUCCAAAAAAAAGAGGCAGAAAAUCUAAGCAUUUCAUGGUAUUUAAUUAUGAAAGAACUAGCAACGAUGACAAUAGCUUGCCGGAUUUUAAUGGGGAUGAGAUCGAAAAUUCAAAUGAUUCGCAAAAUUAUGACGACGAGGAUACAAAAAGUUCCGAAAUCACAUAUAUUCAGGACGCUUGUUCGGAAAAGGAUGAACACGGAGAACUAGAAUCAAUGCAUGAAGAAUACGACAGAAUUGCAGAAAACAGCAACGAAGUACGCAGGACAGAAGAUCUAGAUGGAUACGAAGAAAAACAUUACAAAGAACGAUUGAUUGCUGAUGAAAAAUUUCAGGUCGUGGCUUGCAAAGGAGACAAUAUUAUUGCCGUUACCAAUCCAGCACUACGUUUAUGUAUGACCAGUGAUAUAGAUAGUGCCAUGUUGAAACAAGAAAGAACGUCUCCGGUCGAAUUCGAACAAAAACUGUGAACAGUCGAACUGUAUAUUUCUAAAAAAUUUCUGUUUGUAUAAGUUAUUCAUGUACAUACAAAUAAAUACUUAAAAAUGAAAUAAAUAUUAUGAAACUUUCAUACGAAA